AUGGUGAAAGGUGAGGCGACCACGGAUGCUGAUGCUCCUGGGCAGGGCCACCUAGGUCACCCCGUGCCGCUAGAUGGUGGCUUCAAGGUGACCCGAACUCCUAGCCUGGAUUUCUUGAGCAACUUUGAGGGCUCCAACGGCGAGGUCUUCAGCGACCCAUCAGGCGGCCGAGCAGAGCGACCAGAGGAAGAGGGGCCGGAGCUCGUGCAUGUGGUGCUGCGUGCCGACCCAUCGGACGGUACCGAAUCCACUGGCCGCCGGCGCUGGUUCUACUUCGGCGUGCGCUCGGUUAUCAACUCCCCUCAGAAGGUGCGAUUUGUUGUGAACAACAUGAGCAACAUGCUCGACCUUUACAACUUGGACGGCCACCGACCUUUCCUUUGCAAGCUGCCUGCUUCGCCUGCUUGGCGACGUUUGGCAGACGAGUCCUGCAAUUUCUCCUGUCAGGAGGAGCCUGGCCCCGCGGAUGACACCAAACCCGUGGAUACAAGGAGUGAGCAGUGCCUGAAAGAUGAACGACUCUUGCCGAAGAUUCGCGCGAUGUUGGACAGCGGGCCCGAGCCACCAAAGAAGCGUGGUAAAAGCUGCUACAUUGCCUGGGAUUACGUUCUGGAGCCCGGGUCGGCGACGACAUACUUCGCCUUCUCCCCACCGUAUACAUAUGCAGACCUGCAAGGCUAUUUGAAUCGCCUUGAACAAUUUUUCGCACAGCCUGAGACGAAGGGGAAGAACCUGCCAGCCUACAUGGAAUCGAUUGAAAUUCAUGGUGGCGGUUCCGGCACUUUGGCUGCCCGAACCUCCUCUCCGGUAAAGCCGAAGAAGGUGAAGAUCACCAUCGAGCAUGGGGCAGUGGACAACAAGAAGAUGACGCUGUGGGUGCGGAAGGAUUCUACCAUGCUGCAAGUAAGGCAGUCAAUCGUUGAGGUCCUGGGUUUGGGGAAGCUUUCGCAAGUAAAGCUUGUGAAGCGCAUGCCCAACUCGGAUCGCCUUAUGACGCCUUUUGGUGACACGGAGCGGCUGAAUCAAAGAACCCAUCUGUUGAUGGUCGGCUAUGAGUUCCCUGACGGCUUCAAGGGCCCUGCACCCGAAGCUACGCCUGAAGCUGGUCCGGCCUUGCCCAUGCUGAACGGCACCGAGGAGUCCUGGAACCCUGUCUCUGGCUCAAAGAUCUACCUUCACAGGCAGCGCCUUUGCCUGACGAGGGAGGGCCGGAGGGUUGACUUGCUCACCGUCUCCGAGCUCUCUGAGUCGAACGCCAAAGUUUGCGUUGAGACUUCACCAGCGAGUUUCUUGAGCAGCUCUGUCGCGGUGGACGGCGAGAGCCCCGCGGAGCUGUUCCCUCAAAGGCCCAUCGUCUUCGUCUCUGCCCGGGUCCAUCCCGGAGAAACGCCAGGCCAGUUCGCUUUCUUUGGACUUCUGCGAUUCCUGCUGUCCGAUGAUCCGCGUGCUGAACUGCUGCGGCGGCAAUUCGUCUUCAAGCUGGUCCCUAUGCUUAACCCAGAUGGGGUGGCGAGGGGCCACACCAGGGCAAAUGCUGGCGGGCUUGACCUGAAUCGUUGUUACGGCGAUGCGAACCCUAGAGAACAUGAAGGUGUCUUCUGGGCGCUCGAGUGGCUCAAGCACUGGGCAAGCGAAGGUCGACUUCUCUUCUACCUGGACAUGCACGCACAUGCCCAUACACGCGGCUGCAUUCUGUACGGCAAUCGCUUGUCGGGUGCUGCACAGGUCUGGAACGUUGCUUUUGCACGCAUUUGCGAGCUGAAUGGUCCCCAUUUCGACUUCGAGGGCUGCGAGUUCCCUCCAACGUCUGACAAGGAGCACGGACACGACAGCAACGAGAACUGCGGUCGGGCAUCGGUCGCUGCCAUGUGCAAUGUGAGUCAUGCUUACACGUUAGAGUGCCACUACAGCAUCGGUCGACAGGCCCAUCCGGUGGAAGAGCUCAGCUGCUUGCAUGGGAGGCCGGCUCAUCCUGGAAUGCAUGUUCCGUGA